UCAUGUGUCUCACCUGAGCUGAGUAACUCCUGCUUUCUUUCAGUCUCUGUGCUUUCCACUCUCCUCUGUCAGUUUGUGUAUUAACUUCCCUGGAUUUCCACAUGCUUCAGGUUUCCAUGGCUUCAGAGGACAUCGCAUUGUCUUGCAUCAUCUCUGGUUCAAAAGGCAAAGAGACAGCGAGGACGUCCAGCAAAAUGGAGGUGGUCGCACAGAGAGCCAACUUGAAGACAGAUGGAUGUCAGAGAGAAACGCUGUGCACACAUCCUGGACAAACAUCUGGCCAGUUGAAGACAGACAGGCCACUACUGAGCAGAAGAAGCUGAGCCAUGCUGGAUCCAAGCCCUCCCUCUCUGAGAGCAGCGGCCGACUCCCUCAGAUAGCCAUGAACACCUGCAAGUACAAUGGCGGGGUGGUGAGACCACUAGUUGGCAGCCUGGCGUCCUCGUCGCGCCGCAAUCUUGCGGAGCUCGACUCGGAGACGCAGCCCUUGCAGACGCUGCACAGCUCUGGCCUGGAGGUGGUGGUGUCCAAGGGCAACGGCGGCGAAGACCCCAGCAAGGCAUCCAACGAGAGCUUGGUCAGGGAGGGCAGCGGGCGUAGUGGUGGCAGGGCACCGCAAAAGAAAAAUAGGGACAUUGGCUACAAGCUUGGCCACAGGAGAGCGCUGUUUGAGAAGCGAAAGCGGCUCAGCGACUACGCGCUCAUCUUCGGGAUGUUUGGGAUUGUUGUCAUGGUGACAGAAACGGAACUGUCAUGGGGGGUUUACACUAAGGAAUCUUCAUACUCAUUUGCACUGAAAUGCCUUAUCAGCCUUUCCACUGUUAUAUUGCUUGGUCUUAUAAUAAUGUACCAUGCCCGGGAAAUCCAGCUGUUUAUGGUCGACAAUGGUGCGGAUGAUUGGAGGAUAGCCAUGACGUAUGAGCGGAUCUUCUUCAUUGUGCUAGAGCUGCUGGUGUGUGCCAUCCAUCCCAUACCAGGCCAGUACGUGUUCACCUGGACGGCGCGGCUGGCCUUCACCUACACGCCAUCGGUGGCGGACGCUGACGUGGACAUCAUCCUCUCCAUCCCCAUGUUCCUGAGACUCUACCUGAUCGGCAGGGUCAUGUUACUCCACAGCAAGCUGUUCACGGACGCCUCGUCUCGCAGCAUCGGCGCCCUCAACAAGAUCAACUUCAACACACGCUUUGUCAUGAAGACCCUCAUGACCAUCUGUCCAGGAACUGUCCUGCUGGUUUUCAGUAUAUCCUCCUGGAUCAUUGCUGCAUGGACUGUGCGCGUCUGCGAGAGGUAUCAUGACAAACAGGAAGUGACCAGUAACUUCCUGGGAGCCAUGUGGCUCAUCUCGAUUACCUUCCUCUCCAUUGGCUACGGGGACAUGGUACCGCACACGUACUGUGGGAAAGGCGUGUGUCUGCUUACAGGGAUUAUGGGAGCCGGUUGCACUGCGCUGGUGGUUGCAGUUGUAGCCAGGAAGCUGGAGCUGACCAAGGCCGAGAAGCACGUCCACAACUUCAUGAUGGACACACAACUCUGCAAACGAGUAAAGAACACAGCUGCCAAUGUACUCAGGGAAACAUGGCUCAUCUACAAACACACCAAGUUGGUCAAAAAGAUAGAUCACGCCAAGGUGCGGAAACACCAGCGCAAGUUUCUCCAAGCCAUUCACCAAGCUCAGAAACUGCGCAGUGUAAAGAUGGAGCAGAGGAAACUCAAUGAUCAGGCCAACACCUUGGUGGACCUGGCAAAGACCCAGAAUGUGAUGUACGACCUGGUGUCAGAGCUGCAGGAGCGUAGUGAGGAGCUGGACAAGCGCAUCGGCACAUUGGAGGACAAGCUGGACUCGGUGACGGGCAGCCUGCAGGCGCUGCCCUGCCUCAUCUCCCAAGCCAUAACCCAGCAGCAGCAGGACUUCCUGGACGGCUUUGUUCACCGCUUUCGGCCCGCCUCGCUAGCCUCCGAGCGCUCUGAACGCUCAGAGAGAUCCUGGACUUCCACCGCCCGCAGAAGGCGCUCGCCCUCCACAGCACCACACACAUCCUCAGAUAGUGGAUAACCUUGACGAAUCACCUCUGAGCCCCUCUUUACCAAACCAACUUGUCACCAUAUUCUGUCCCAUCUAAAGCCGUCCCUGUAACCGCUGGAGAGUCCAUAUCUGGACGAAUAAAGAAACCCAAAUCUUGACACCUGACCAGAUCUUUGACCCUACUCAAUUCCUCUCACCCAUCCCCACCUAUCCCUUCGCGCCUUCCUCCGCAAUCAACAUCAAACCCAAAAUCCAAUUCCUCUGUGACUGGGCCUCUCAGCGCAGGACUGGAUCAGAGCUACUCCAAAAGAACAAAGAACGGCAAAUGAAGACUUAAACCAAGUAAAAACACAAAUGCAUCCAAAAACAGAAAAAGAGAAAAAAAAUUAAAAAAUGACUGAAAAACCGAGAUAAAGUAGAGAUAUGGUUUAUGUUUUAGCCAUUGUAUGGCUGUUCAAGUUAGCUUUUUUGUAAAAGCCCUUGUAUAGUUAAAAAAUGACUGAGUUCAGGGUCGCUGGGGUGAGAGCUGGCUAUCACACCGGAGAGUCCUUAACCAUGAGGGGGGAAGUUGGUCUGUGGAGCUGAGGGCCUCGGCUCGCCUGCUGGCCCUCCCAGGCCAUGGAGGACAUCAGUCCACCCAUCUGUCCGUCUAUGUGUUUGUCCGGUUAGGGGAGCCAGACAAACCAUUGGAUUUCCCUUUCUAAAGACAAGUGUCAUGGAUUCUUUCCCAAAGGUUAGGGUGGAAGUUUAGGAGAGGCUGGGAAAGCUCUGACUUCCCGUCAGUGUUUGAAAAUACACUUGGGGGGGAUGGGAAACUGCUACACAGAAGAGCAAAGGGGACACAUAUGGCAUUACUACUGGGUAGGAAAAAUUUACACAAUUGCCAACUUCAAGGUUACAGCUUCCUUGUUCUUACCAAGGAAAAAAUGAGAGCGACUAUCUUUUUUAGUUACAUAUUGACAUGUGAUUUUUCAGUGCCUGAAUGUAUAAAUAGUAGAGGGUUAUUUAAUUACUAAUUUCAGAGCUUUUUUACAAUGUUAACAGUCUGAAUACAGCAUUGCAUUCCUUUUUCAGAUACAUUCCUCUCCAAAAAUUGAAAGAAAAUGUCUUAAUGUAAUGCAUAGCAUUGCCUCCAUUACAUAUACACUAUUUCUACUAACACCAUGAGAAACAAAAAGUGUUCAGAGAGAAAGCGAAAGUGAGACAGACUGAGAGAAUAGUUAUGAGUGUUUGUCAGAGAACAAGUUCACUUUUAGCUCAAUGCUGCAAACUCAUGCACACAACAGUGAAAUACAGUAUAUAGUAGUCUACCUUUCUCGCCACCACUAAUUAGAGCUUCCUGUGGUCUUCAGUUAACGGCAUGGCUUGAGGUCUGCUGGUACACACUGCCACACAGGCACAUAUCAGCGGAUGAACUGAGGAACCAUUGCUGCCCCUUUGCAUGGUUCUGUGCAAAAUAUGGAACACUCUUUCUAGGAUGGCUUGAUGAUUUUCAUGAUUUUUAUUUUUAUUGCUUUUACUUUUGUUUGUUGCAUUUCUUUCUUUUGUCAUUUUUACUACAAUUUCCCUUUUUCUAAAUUAAGAUACCUAAGAGUUUUUUUUGAGUUGCAGAACCUAAAGAGUUGCAGUAACGUGAUUCUGUAAUGCAUUCCCUGUUUGAUAUAUGAGGUAAAGAAGAAUCAAUACGACAAAAGAAUCCUGGACGGCUACAAAUAAAAGUGCUGACGAAACUUUGAUGGUUACAUAACAGUGAAUUGUUCCCUCAGCAAGUUAUUAGGAAGAGUUUUGACAUUUUUGGGACACAUGCCUGUCCACUUUCUAGCUAAGAGAGAUAGAACAGUUCUAAUCUCUGAGGUAAACAUGCAGCUACUGCUCACAACCCAUUAGCUUAGCAUAGCUGGAAAAGGGGAAGAAGCUCUGCUGUCUCUCUCCAACAUUAGCACACAUAUUAUAUCUUAGCUAUUUAAUCUGUACAAAAACUAAGAUUGUAGACUGAUAUAAACUGUGUGCAGGUUAAACAAAUCUAUAAUAACGUGUCAGUAAAUUAUUUUCUCUCUUUAUGCUAAGCUAAGAUAGCUGGCUGCUAAGGGUAGCUUUAUAUUUACCAUACAGAUCGAGAUCGAUAGAUUGUGCAUAUAGAUGAACCACAUGUCUCUACUUCCUCCCAGUUUCCAGAAAUUAAGCAAAAGUAUUGUGAAUACAAACGCUGCCAAUUUGUGCAAAUUAUCCCAUUGGGAGCCGGAGUCUAGUUAUCGGGGGAUUUAUCCUCAGAAUCAAUGUCAAGUGGAUACAUGCACUUGACCAAUCAUGAGUGGGGCUCAACUGUCAAUCAUGAGCUUGAACAGAUAUCAGUGUGAUAAGAACAACCUAAAAUGACAGAAACCGUAUUGAAAAAGAUGUAAUGUAUGCUUUGACUAUUCAUUUUGUCAACCACUAACAUGAAAGAUGUUGGUGACUUAGGAGCAAUUAUGACCUACACUGCAGCUAGCCACCAGGGGGUGAUCAAGUCAUUUUGGCUUCACUUUACGGGAUUAAUCAUGUCGUUCAUCUUUAUAUACAGUUUAUUGUGAAGGCUCGGUAUCAAUCAAGGCAAAUUAUCUACAUGUCAGGCUUGUUUCAAAAUGACACUGAAAUACAUGAACUGUGACAUAGAAGACAUUUUAACAUUUGAAAUUUCAAAAGCAUGGAAUUUGAUUCAUCCUAGAGUUGUAAUGACUAGAACAUUUCCGAUCUUUUUUUAGAGAACCUAUGAAAAGCAGAUCAGGAAGUCAGCGGGUUAGCGGGCUAGCAUGCUGUCCUAAAGUAGUUUGAAUGGUAGAUAAUCCCAAAUGGCUGUUAGUGCUAAAAAAACAUUUUUUAUGACCUUAAGCUGACAGGCAAAUAGAAUCAUUAUUUUUUGGAUCUUAAUUAUUCCGAGCUGCUUUGGGAACAGUCAGGUCCAAGUCGAAGCCUGUGAGACAGAUCGACUUCGCCCCCCCACAGCUUCUGGACUGGACAGAGAGCACUUCAUUUAAAAACACACUGAGUUUGCUACAAGUGGAACCUAAUCAAGCAUGAAUAUUAGCUUUUUUUCAUUUCAACUUGAGUUGAUGAAGCAUGACUUUUUACUUCCCUGCCAUGCACCUCUCGUGCUGCAUCCCACCCUCCCAGUAUGAGGGGAUCUAUCAUGCCAUUAGAGGCUCCGUUUCAAUCAGUGUCAUCCAAUGAGUCAGCACGGCUAAUGGAAGACUAUCUGAUUACGACCUCACCUGCCUGUUCUUAUCUAAGGUUUCCACCUCUUCAUAUCAGAGCUUCAGCCUCUUGUUUGUCAUCUGUCAUCAUUAAGAACAUCAGCCACACCCCCUCCCACACACGGACACAAAAUGGCCCGCAGCAAAGACAUUUGAUUGGUUCAAAAGGAAAAAAACACACUGAGAAAAGGAAGAAGCAGGGGAACCCUUAGGUCUUAUUCCAUGUUGCACUCAGCGUGUAGUAUUCAGUUACACUCCUUGAUGCUGGGGUGUCCAGGUAACAGUGUUGAUACUUCAUCCUUCAUCAGGCAACAGGAAAGAGUGAAAAAAAGAAAGAGCCAUCGCUCAUUUACUGACAGACAUCUGUUUUGGCUCAGGGGGGCUGUGAACAGCAAGGGUUGGUGUCCUGUAAAUAUGACCUCAUUGUAGAUGUCGCCAAGUAAACGGGACAAAUGGUGAACCGCAGGGGUAAAGGUGGCCGGAUGCAAUGCACAGCAUGUUACAGGUAUAUGCAGCAGAAAACCUUGAAAGGUUAAAACUGAAGGGUUUGAAAUUCUGGCAAAUUAAAAGAUAAUGUUUUAUCAGUUUCACAGGUUUUUUUCUUCUUCUCUUCCUCUGAUGGAGGUUUGAUCAGGUUCUGAUAUUUAGUUUUCUCUUUGUUUUCUUCAGUCCUUAUCCUGUCACUAACAAAGACCUGCCAAAACACCAUUCCAAUAUUUAAUAGUGACCCACUAGAAAAUAAAAAACACACAGUAUUUUGUAAUGAAGUGAGGGACAUUCAUGAUGUUAUUCUGAUGAUGGUAGAUGAGUCAAAGUGAAAAACCCAGAGUCUUUUAUUAUCCAGAAAACGUAGGCUUUCCUCAUAGAGCAGGCAUCAGAAUAACCUUCCACUGAACAAUAACAGAGUGAAAACCCCCCAAAAAGUGAAGAAAUGUAACCCAACCAUUGUUCUGUGUACACUGCCACAUGAUGCAUAAUGUACGUAGUAGCACUGGAAUAAAUCAACUUUUAAUGGAUGGCAAAUGGGUUUAACAUAUUCUCUGUAAACUGUUUCGCUGUUCCUUCAUUUUGCAGGUGAACUUUUGUCCUAGCAAGGAGAGACACCAAGGUGAA